AUGCCAGUAGCGCAGUAUCACAGUGAUUAUCUACGAGCGAGCGUAUGACCACGUAGCCACAACCAAAUUAUCUUACAAAUAUAAAUAACCUAAAUUAUGAACUACUCUUAUUGGAGAUAGUGCAGUGUCAAGUCAGAAUGCUGUCGCCGACGACUACGCUACAGAUCGUGUCCUUUUUGGACAUGCUAACAAUUGGCUUACUGAUGCCACAGCUCGGAAACCAGGCUAUCAAAUUAGGCGCUUCACAGAUUCUCUUAGGAACCAUGGGAGCUCUAUAUUCCGGAUUACAGAUGGUUUCGGAACCCAUGAUAGGGAGUCUGAGCGAUGUCAAAGGUAGAAAGCCAAUACUGAUGCUCAUAUUAAUAUUUUGUGGGUUUGCAUACUUGAUACAGGGACUGACGACUUCGUUAGUUCUGUUUUUUGUUAUACGUGGUUUCUUGGGUUUGAUUAAACAGACAUUUCUACUUAUAAAUGCUUUGGCUCCCGAUUAUGAGAUGGAUCCAGACCGUCAAGCUGAGUUAUUUGGAAAGUUGGCCACUCUCUCAGGACUAAGUAUAGCGAUAGGACCCGUCUUGGGUGGCCAUAUUAUGGAACUAUUCCCCGAUACUGGAUUUGCCAUUAUUUCGGCUAUAUUAUGGAUCAUCUAUAGCAUUAAUGCAGGUCUUAUAAGAGGUCUACCAGAUAUAAACGCAACAAAAGACAAGAAAAGUAACGAAAUAACUGAUGGUGUAUCACCAAAAUUGUUGCAAUCUGUGACUAACAGCCUAAAACAAUCUAUAGAUCAAUUCUACCAAGUCGACUGGAGCGUUUAUUGGGACGCGUUUAUUUUUAAGUUAAUCUUAUCUUUUUGUAUGGCAAUUUAUUUUAGUAACUUUGCCAUUUUUCUAACAACAAAACACAAUGCCACACCAAUCUAUAUAGGUUACAUUAUAUCAUUCCAAGGAAUCAUCAGUGCGAUAUGCACUUAUUUUAUUGGGUUUAUUAAUAAAUUAUAUGUCAAAGAUAAAGAUUACUCACAGAGAGUAUCACAUAUAUUUCUGAUACUGACUGUAUCACAACUGGGUAUGGCUGUAGCUCCAAGUAUUUAUGUAUAUGUUUUGUUUGUGAUACCGUUUGCAGUAGCCGGUGCCAUAAGUAGAAUAGUUGAGUUAGAAAUGAUUGUAAGUAAAGGUGACAGUGAACGUAGAGGUUCUGUCAUAGGUGCCUUGGGUACAUUAAGAUCUUUAGCUGGAGUGGUUACCCCAUUAGUGGCAGGAUUCAUUGCCCAAUAUUUGGGCGUUACUUAUACGGUUUUAACAGCAGCUUUUCUAACUUCCAUCGGCGUGGUACACAGUUACAAUUCUCAAAAUGUACCAAUAAGGCCCAAGAGAGAUUAGUUCAAUAAAUUUAUAUUUAUUUUAA